GUGACUGUGGGCAAACUAUUUUGAACUUCAAAAUACGAGCCGAUAUUUAAAAGCACUUCUACAAAAUAGGUAGAAACAAUAUUUAUAAAAUAAAUCUUUUACGAUUGACCAUUUAAAAUAGUGAAUUCCUGAACACAUAUACUUACAUAAAGUACCUCCGAAAUCUGAAACUUUGUGUAAUCAGAAAUUGUGGAUACACGCGGAUGCACGGAUUUAUUGUCAGCUUUUCGUGUUUAUUCUUGGAUCUUCGAUUUUUACUCGAGUCCUCUGUCGAAACAAGCCAUUGAUUUCCACUGGACAAGUCUGGUUAAUUCUGUUUGACUGCAACAACAGUAGCCACCAAAAACACAUAAACUAGGCUAACUGUAUAUAGUUUCUCAUGCAUUUUGAGACCUAGUCUAGUAAAUUGUCCUGGCUCAUACGGGCUGUUCGAUUCUAGAAAUGUUGGAGUCUACUCCGAUUCCGCUUCAAAGUAAUGGGAAAUAGUGGUGCAUACAAGUGUCGAUUCCACGAUGUAAUUUGGACUCACAGAUGGACAUGAGGCAACAAAAAAGAGUACCCCAAUAAUAAUAUUUGACCUUAGCAAGGAAAUUUGGAGAGCUAACGCUACAUUAGCUAAAUUAACUGGCGGGGGCUGGCUAGCCAACAUACCUGCUUCUCUUCCGUCAACUUCUUCAGGAAGUAAGGCGCAUGACCAUGUGCAGCUGAUGUAAGAGUUUCUCUUCGAGCAAAGUUCAGGCACCCACUGCAGUUUAGUCACUGGCAGAUUAGAGGUAAGGUCCUAACAGGCAUGUCUCAACUGGCUACUCACUGAGCGCUGUGAGAUGGGAAGAGAGGGAAAUCAUCUCACCGGGACUGGACUGUCCUCCAGCAAAACUCAGCGCAAAUACUAAUGCCUCCCACCAAACAGCGGGAAGCUGGUGGAGAUAUGGAGAGGAUCAAUAAGGAGACCGGGGAGCUGAGUGCCUCUGGGGAGAUUGCAGAGAGUACGGAGCUAAAGAGAGACAAAGCUGGGGCAGAGCCUGCCAGAGAGGUGGAGGACACGCAUGCUGACGCAGAUGCAGCUCUCAGGCAGCAGCUCCUGCAGCUCAGUCAGACAGCAGUAGAAGACAGAGAGCAGCAGCUCGACAUGCUUCUGCCCCUGUUCAUUCAGGUAUCUGAAAGCAGCAGCGACACUGAGGACUUGGACCUGCAGGCUUUGGCCUAUCAGGUUGGAGAGACACUGGUGUGUCAUGUACAGCAGAAAGUAGCAGAAAGGCCAGCAGAAGAAGCACGGUAUGAGUUGGAGCAGUUUUUUCAGCACACAGAACCUGGCAGCAACAAAGGAUGGCUGCUGCUGAAGGCCAUUUCUCUUCUGUCUACAAGUGACUCUGGAAUGAAUGCUGCAAUUGACGCUGGACUGGCUGGUGCUUUAGUGAAGUGCCUGUAUCUGUUUGUAGCCCUGCCUGCAAGAAAAGCCAAAGAUGGGGUGGAGGAUGUCACGCUCUCAUUCCAAAAUAUUUUUAUUCAGGUGAUCCUGCAGCUGUGCAGGCAGGUGCAGUUUGUGGAGGAGCUGGUGGAGACGCAGGAGCUGCAGUGUGUGAUCAUUGCUCUCACCUCCCUGUGGGACCAGUGCAGCUCUUCAUGGCGAAGACAGGCCUCGCGCGUACUCAGGGCUGUGUCAGCAGCCCAGGUGCCAAACACUGUCCCUGCGCUGCAAGCUAAGAACUGUAUGAAGAUCUGCAUCCAGAAUAUGCUGAGAAUGAGUGAGCAGGUCCCUGGGCCAGUCCUAGCCGAGGUGGCUGUGAGUGUGUUCAGCUUCGUGAAGGACUCUUACUCGAUCAACCAUGCACUUUUUGAGGAGUUUGAGAACAAUGACGGCUAUGCAGUCCUUCAAGCCAUCAUGGCACGCUGUGAGGAGGAAACAGCAGAGGAAGACUUCUCUCCUGUGGAAGACCUCUUGGGCUUCAUCGCCUCACUCACUUUGUUUGGAAAAGCAGAGUUAAAGGUGGCCCUGUGUGUGAACAACCCCCAGCCACCAGGCUUCAAGUUCGAUCCAGACCUGACCAAAGGCUCUGCAGUGAAGAACCUCAGAGCUUUUCAAAUCAUCCAGUCCUCCUUCCUGCGUUCAGGCAGCGCACUGAUCUGCAGUCAGAUCCUUCGCACAGUGCAGACGAUCUGGUCAUGGGACAAGGCCAACUUCUUCCUUUUGGAGUGGACACUGCAGUGUCUGGCCCAGCUGGCUGAGUGUGUGUGGCAGAAGCCUGCCACUGUCCACAGCCUCUUCUUUGAGCUGCUUGAAAUGGUGGUCUUCCAGCUGUCAUACAUUCCUCAUGAUACACUGAGGAAGGUGCAGGCCAUGCUAAAGGAGGGCUCCUCACAGGCCUUCAGCAUGGCUGCUCUGGAGUGCUUCCAUGGCCUGGUGAUGCGUAGCAGCCUGCUGUCUGAAGUGCUGAUUGAUGGUGGCCUGAUGGAGCUGCUGCUGGUGGAGCUCAGAAGGAGAGCUAAGAUUCUGAGGAAAGCUGGCAUUACAGCAAGUAAGGAUGAGCUGAGAGUGGAGGACUGUGAGAGGCAACUCACCACCAACAUGUUAAGUGUAGUUGCAGCUCUGGCACUGAGGUCCAUCAGAAAUACAGCGUUUAUAAGGGACUUGGGGAUGAUUCCCUAUGUAAAGAUCUUCCUGGAUGAUGAGCAGUUCCGCAGUCCGGCUCUCUGUAUACUGGAGCAGUUGUCUGAGAUGAACCCAGAGGAGUACAUGAGCACAGCUAUAGGAGCCCUCUGCUCCUCAACUGAGACUGAACUGCGACUCAAACUGGAUCUGCUGCAGUCUAUCCUGAAAGUGCUGGACAACCCAAACAGCUGGAAUGCUUUCCGCACAGCGGGCGGCUUUAACGGUUUGCUCUCCAUGGUGGUGGACAUGGAAGGGGCUCUGCUGGAGCAGCCACUGGGGGUGUGGGCCUCUCUCAGCCAUGGCAACCUGAUGGAGCUGCUGCUUCUCGCCCUCCACACCAUCGCUCUGGCCGUCCAUCUGCAUCCUGUCAAUGCCCACUUCUUCCACAUCACCGGCCACUAUGAGAAGCUGGCCGAGGCACUGCUGCAGCUGGGCUGUUUCCGUAGCGGGGUGCUGAUGGAAGCAGACAUGGGCACAGACUCUCAAUCAUGCCACAAGACCUUCCAGCAGUUUGUAGAGGCAGCUGAAAGCUCCAGACCCCUUCUUCCCGUACCCCUGCAGGACUGUGUAAGGCUACUUAGCUUUCUGGAGCAGUUUGCUACAGGGGUCACUGUGGCUGUGGACCUGUGCACAGGCCUGCAGGAGGCCACAGAGGUGGAGGAGAGUCAGCAGUCUCCCCCAGGCCCCAGGGCAGGAGAGGAGGACUUUCAAAGCCGUAUCAGAAACACGGCUCUCACCAUCUCCUCUGGGUCUACAGAGUCAGGGAGGUUUUCCUGUGAUCAUACAAUACUGCACCCUGGAGCAAUUAAGGUCCUCAUGACUCUGCUGCCUCAUAUUUACUCUCCCAGUGACCCACAGCUGUCUGCAGAGCUGCAGUUAGCUGUAGCUCAUCAUGUGCAGUCUGUGGUGAAGUCAGAGCAAAACAGACAGAUUAUGUGUGAGUCAGGCCUGCUGGUCACUCUGCUGACUCACUGCCGGGACAUCCUCAGCAACAGCACCCACUUACUGCACUUGCCGGUGGUUCGCAUCCUGGAGAAACUGGCUUCCCAAUCCAUAGACCAUAAGUCCCUCAGACAGUUCCUGUGUUUAGGAGAACCUCUUAUGUGUAAUGCUGAGAAGUGUAUCCCUCCCCCUGACUCAGAGGCUGACCUACCACUCUCUAAUGGCCAGUGCACUGACCAAGCAGAUGAUUGUGUAGACACUGACAAGAAAAGGUCCAAGAAGUCAUUUAAAAGGAGUUUCAGCUUACUAAGGACAUCCCCAAACAGUGGGACACCAAUUCCCGUUCACCGCAUCAUUAGCCUUGUUUCAAUGACUUCGCCGCGGAGCUUCCGGCCACACAAAGUGUCUGUAUCCCCCUCGUUUGUGGAGUUCGACAUGACUGACAGUGGAUUUGGGUGUCUUUUUCUACCAUCUCUUGCCACAGUGAAAGGAGUCAGUGCAGACUCCAUCUCUACAGGAGGAAUCGGCAGUGAUUGCCGAGGUUUUCCUCCCUCUGCUGGCCUGUCUUUCUCCUGCUGGUUUCUGAUCAGCAGAUUCAGCUCAGCCUGUGACUCCCACCCGGUGCGUCUACUGACGGUGGUGCGUCACAUGUCCCGUGCUGAGCAGCAGUACAGCUGUCUGUCAGUAAGCAUCUCUGCCUCUGACGGCUGCCUGGUCAUCUCCACCGAAGAGGAGCCCUACCAGUUCUUAGACAUAAUGGAGCCUGAGGUACGGACUCCAACUACACUGCCGGUUUCAGUGCGCUUCAAGUGCUCCAGACAGCUGAUGCCGGGUCAGUGGCAUCACCUCGUUGUUGCAAUGGCCAAAGACAUCAAAAAGAGCUGCAAAGUGUCUGCUUAUCUGAACGGAGAGAUGAUUGGGACAUCAAAGAUGAGGUAUAUUCAGCCAUUCCCUGGUCAGUGCGUUGCAAUGGAUGCAUCAGCAGUUAUUGACGUGUGUGGGAUUAUUGGCACUCCCCCUAUAUGGAAACAGCAUGCAGCUCUGGUCUGGCGAGUUGGUCCUGCAUAUCUCUUUGAAGAAGUUCUGAGCUCUGAUGCUGUAGAGGUCAUGUAUGCACAGGGCACUAAGUACCUAGGCAACUACCUGGCUCUUGGCGCUCAAGAAUAUUCUCCAGUGAGGCUAGUUCCUCCAGAAAGGAUCUCCUUCGGGAUAAACCCAGCAGUGUCUACUGUCACUACAGUAGUGGAGAUCAGAGAGCAGCACAACGAGGUGGACUGCCGUCUUAUAGCCAAAGAGAUGGGCAUCCCAUCACGGGAUAACUCCACUCCCAUCUUUCUAGCCCGGAAUAUCAGUCAGCACCUUAGUGGAACUGCUAGAACAAUUGGGGCUGCCCUGAUUGGUCGCUUUGGGGUCAGGACAUUUAUGGCGAACAGUGCUGCCACUAGUUUCCAGUACAUUGGCGGACCUGCAGUUGUCCUCAGUCUGGUCGCUAUGGCGUCAGAUGACGGCUCGUUGUAUGCAUCUGUCAAAGUUCUGCUGUCUGUCUUAGAUGCGAACCCAGUGAUGAGACAUGAGAUGAAACGCAUAAAUGGCUAUAAGCUCUUUGCCUUCCUCCUGAAGUCAAAGGCUCACUUGAUCAGUAGUAGAACGUUCCAGUUGAUUUUGGCCAUAGUGGGCACCAUGGAGCUGGGAACAGGCUGCAUAUAUAUCCAUGACCUCACUGCCCUCCAGGGUAUCCUCUGUGACUUUGAGGUCUGGCAGAAGGCUCCAGAAAGUCUUGACUUCGCUGUUUUAAAUCAUUUUGCAGAUAUCCUGAAAUCAUCAAGUGGAGAUCUGCGGAAUACAGAGGCUAUGCAAAGCCUCAAUCUGAUGACCAAGCUCCUCUUCCUGCUGCAGGAUGCCACUGUGACACACAGAAAAGUCACUGUCAUCUGCACCAUCAUCACAUACCUGCUCCAAGGACAUUUCAGCACCACAGACAUCCGCAGGCUUGGACUCUUUUUAAUUCAGACCCUGUUGUCCCCAGAUGUUAAUGAGAAUACAGCCUUUCCAUGUAUAGUUUCAGAUGAUCAGUCUCAAGCCCUGAGCCAAACACCUGCAAGAACCGUCUGGAUCAGGAACCAGCUGCUUGAGGUGCUGUCCUCACUAAUCAUCUCUGACAACCCUCUACCUAACAAUAACCAGGAAGAAGUAUUCCUCACGCUGGGGUCAGAUUGGUUCCUCCUCUUCUUACAGGGACACGUCCACUCCAGCACAGUUCUGUUGGCUCUUAGGCUGCUCAUCCAUUUUAUCUCGAAUCAGAGCAUACUGACCAAGUUCAGAGAGGGCGUGUCAUUAGGAACACUGUCAGAAGGCAUGGACAUGCCGCCCAGAGUCAUAGGUAACUUGGGGUCACACUCUUGGUCAUAUGAGUGUUUGAGCUGCACGUGUCCAGGCUUUAAUGUACUGCCCAGGCUGCUUCUCAGUCAUAUUAGCUUGCCGCAGAUAUAUGGAGCUUUCGCUGCACUGCUGAUGGGAAAAGCAGAUUUUCACAUACCUGAUGGAAAGGUGGAUCUUGACAGCUUACUCCAGAGUGUGAUUGACAGCUCCAAAAAUGAACAAGGAGUUCAGCUCUGCACAGAAGCAGCCUGCGUUCUCAUAGAGCUGGUCAAGAUGAUCAUUUGUAAGCCAAUAUCAGGAAGUGAAGACAGCUGGGAAGUCCAGUACCCAGGCAGUGUGAUGCAGUUCCUCUGCCUACUCCACAGCCUCUUCCCCCGAGAUCCUCUGUGGGCUUCCCUUGACUUCCUCAACUCUCUGGCCAGUGCAGUUUUUCCUACUGAAACCACUGAGAGCCCUGCAGGUGCCCAGGGUAACGUUGAUGGUGGGGCUGUGGGGGAAUCCCCAGUAGCCCGACUCUCGCACCCUGCUAGGAAGCAGGUGUGUGACUUCAUUCGCAUUCUGCUCAUGGACAGCCUCAUAAACAUUCCUGCCAAAGAUCAGCAUCACCCCUUCAUUCAGCUACUGGAGUUCUCUCCAGAUGGUGUGUGUCAGGAGCAGAAGCAGAGCUUUCAGAGUGAGCUGCUGGAAUUUCUUAUGGACAUCAUUCACAUGACUGGACAGGAGGAGGGUCAGUCUACACAUGUGGCCAGAGACGAUCCAAAUCCGUCCAAAUCCAGGCCUGAGGGGAAGGUGGCUAUACUGAUUGAUAACAUAGCUUUCUUCAGUAAGAUGCUGGUGGAGAAGCUCUAUACUGGCAUGUUUGUGGUGGAUCCAGAAAACCUGCUGGUCUUUGUAGCAGAGCAGAUUGCUGUGGCGAUGGAGAAGGGGCAGACACAGCGAGAGUCCACAGUCAGUGUUCUAUACAAAAGCAUGAACAGGGCCCUGCUCUACUUCCUGUCCCGGCCAAGGCAGACCCCGGCCGAGCAGCAGCUCAUCCUCAGGACCCUCACUGUGCUGCAGCAACAAUGGGACGUCAUCAUGGCCACCUACAACGCUAACGUCCACUUCAUCAGCUGCUUACUGCACUGCCUGCUCCUGAUCCGCUCAGGAAGCUUUCCUGAGGGGUUUGGCUGUGAAAUGCAUAAAAAGCCAUCUAGAAAAAUCUGGCGACACCUUUUCCCACACAAGAACAACCGCACAAUGGCCCCAGUUGACAUCCCAGAUUCAGCAGAGGUGGAGUCGGAGCUGAUGAGGCUCGUGGAGAGCACGUGGAGUAAAGUGAUAGUGGAGAGGAGACAGUCGCUGGAGGAGGCCUAUAAGAUUGACCUAUCGGCUAAGCAGGCAGGCAGGGAAGUCCCAGUCUCCAUGACUGAUGUGAGCCCUCUAUGGGAAGAGACAGCAGUAAAAGCAUGGCAGGUUUUCAUAGACUCUCAGAAGAAGAAGAUGAAUAAUGGCCAGAAGAAGGCAGGUCUUCUUAGCAGUGUGCAGCGCUCGCCUCACAGGAGAGCUGGAAAGGACUCAGGCUCUAGCGUGGAGACAUUUUUGGCAGACAUGGAAGUUCACAGAAAGACCAGUGAAGAGAUGUUUGAGAGCUUGCUGAAGAAUCAUGCACAGAUGCUUCAGUGUGAGAAUGAGCGAAUGGCUGUUCAGUGGCUGAGGAUAGAAGAAGAUUUGCUUCGUGAGAGGGGGCUUUUUGGCCCUGGUCCAGGGGUCUUCAUCAACCAAGGCUGGGUUCAGGAUGCAGCUGAGGGGCCAAACAGAACAAGACCCCGCAUCCGCAGGAAGGCUCUGCGACGCUCAAAAAAGUUACCAUCCCUGAUGUCAGGACAGUAUAUGAAAAGUGGUCCUGUAGAGGAAAACAGAGGUAUGGCAGAACUGCCCAGUGCAGAUUCAGAGUUGAGGAUCCUGUGUGAGCCAGGCCCGGAGGCUGAAGAGGAGCCUGGAUCAGACUGUGAGCGGCUGACCUUUUUCCCCUCGCUGACCGAGGCUUCGACCCCUGUAGAGGAUUUCUCAGAGCAUUGCACAGAGACCAAGCUCAUACUACAGCAGCUGGUUCCCAAUGAGGAGGUCAAAGCUAAGCAGUGUGUGGCUGUAGUCAGUGGCCAUGUGCUGACAGAGGGAGUACUGUUGUUCGGAAAGGAAGAUUUGUAUGUGUGUGAAGGCUUCACCCUCACCUCCAGUGGAGAUGUCUGCUGUAGGAACCACCACCCCACCAGUGUGAGAGACUCAUUUAUUUGUGGCAUGCUGAAGAAGGAACAGAGCUCAGUAAGCCAAAGCUGUAGACGUUGGUCAUAUGAGGACAUUAAGGAUGCUCAUUUCAUGCGUUUCCUUCUCGAGGAGAAUGCCAUUGAGAUCUUCAUAAAGAAUGGGUCUUCUGUGUUCCUGGUGUUCACGAACAAAGACCACGUCGGGGCUUUUAAGCGGUUGUGCUCUGUAGUGCCUUCAUUAAAGGGAAGAGGGGUGACAGAGGCUAUGCAUAAUGUCAGAAGGACAGCAGCACCAGAGAAGACAGCUCUUAUUAAAUGGCAGAGAGGAGAAAUGAGCAACUUUGAAUACCUCAUGCAUUUGAACACGCUAGCUGGAAGGACAUACAAUGAUUUGAUGCAGUAUCCAGUGUUUCCAUGGGUCCUUGCUGAUUAUGAAUCAGAGACACUGGAUUUGUCAUCCCCUACAACAUUCAGGGAUCUGUCCAAACCAGUGGGUGCACAGACUGAAAAAAGGAGAGAGAAAUUCAUUCAGCGAUAUAAUGAAGUAGAGAGUAAUGAUGGUGAUCUUUCUGCACAGUGUCAUUAUUGCACACACUAUUCCUCAGCCAUCAUAGUGGCAUCCUACCUGGUGAGGAUGGAGCCUUUCUCCCAGACUUUCCUCUCUCUGCAGGGCGGAUCGUUUGAUGUUCCUGAGAGAAUGUUCCACAGCAUGCAGAAAGAGUGGGAAUCGGCCUCUAGAGACAACAUGAGUGAUGUGAGAGAGCUCAUUCCAGAAUUUUACUACCUGCCAGACUUCCUUGUCAACUCCAAUAACUUUGAGUUUGGCUGCAUGCAGGACGGAACCUCUCUGGGUGAUGUGGUUUUGCCACCAUGGGCCAAAGGAGACCCACAGGAGUUCAUCCGGAUUCACAGAGAAGCUCUGGAGAGUGAUUAUGUGAGUGCAAACCUGCACUUGUGGAUUGAUCUGAUCUUUGGCUACAAACAGCAGGGUCCGGCCGCAGUGGAGGCCCUCAACACCUUCCACCCCUACUUCUACACAGACAAGCACGACACAGAGAGCAUGAAGAACCCACUGAAGAAAAACACUGUCCUCGGCUACGUCAGCAACUUUGGUCAAAUCCCCAGACAGCUCUUCACCAAGCCUCACCCCAGCCGCGCUGCACACAAGAGCUCUAUAAGCAAAGAGUCAUCUGGAGCCAAUCACAUCACUCCGUUUUUCUUCAGACUGGACAAACUGAAGCCCUCGGCCCAGCCCGUAAAAGAGCUGAUGCAUGGACCGGUUGGUCAGAUUGUUUGUGGAGAGAAAGACAUGUUGGUCGUGGAGAAGAACAAGUUGCUUAUGCCUCCGCUCUGGAAUACAUACUUCUGCUGGGGUUUUUAUGACAACACAUGCUCAUUUGGGAAUUACACAACAGAGAAGGACUUUGCAGUGUGGGAAGGUCUAUCAGACUGGGGCGAGGCUGUGUGUGCUGCCUGUCCCAACAGCAACACCCUCAUCACAGCUGGAAGCAGCUCGGUGGUGUGUGUGUGGGAUGUGUCCAUCAUUAAGGACAAACUCAAGCACAUGAAACUCAAACAGGCAUUGUACGGACACACAGAUACAGUCACCUGUGUGGUAGCGUCAGAGGCGCACAGUGUGAUAAUCAGUGGCUCUCAGGACCAGACAUGCAUUUUAUGGGACCUAGAGGAGCUCAGCUACAUCACACAGCUACCUACACACUCCUCUGGUGUGUCUGCCCUGGCCAUCAAUGAUCUGACUGGUGAGAUUGUGUCAUGUUCAGGGACACAUCUGUACCUGUGGACAAUGAAGGGUCAGCUGCUAGCCUCUGUAAACACCCCAUAUGGUCCAGAGGGCAGCAUCCAGUGCUGCUGCUUCACACAGAAGUACGAGUGGGACUCGCGCAACGUCAUCAUCACCGGCUGUGCGGACGGCGUCGUCAGGAUAUGGAAGACUGCAUAUACAAAGGUACAAUUACCUGGACACAAGGAGCAUUCAGAGUCUCUGGGGCACGCUGUAUCCCCGUCUGCUGAAGACACAGAGCACAGCCGCAUGAGGUGGGAGAGACACCUGGUCCUGUGUCGAGAGCUGAACCGGAGUCAAGCCAUUUCCCGCCGCCGAUACAAGAACAACCCUGCUGUCUCUGCACUGGCCAUAUCCAGGACUCAUGGCACACUGCUGGUAGGUGAUGCCUGGGGCAGAGUGUUCAGCUGGACUUGUGAGGGCUAAAAGCGGUCAACUGAGCAUCGAUCACAGCCCACACACCGUUCAGCCGGGACUGCAGCCCAGCAGCAGCCCAUCCCCCUGUUCCCUGCACCGCUGCUGACUCCACAAACCCGUACACAGCCUGCUGGGCUUGAGGGAUGACACAUACUUUCUUGGACUUGAUGAGAUGUUCUGGUCCGAGCCAGAAACAGGACACUGCUUAUUUAAGAAACGAAAGAUGCUGCGAGUUUUUUUUCCAGUCUGAGCCACACUGCAGAUCACUUUUAUUGUAGAGUAGGUUUCAUCUCCUUGGAUGAUCCCAAAGCCGAGCCAUGUUUAUUUUAGAAACAUUGGCCUGCUGGAGUUUCUAGGCCAGCUGUCUGCAAUCCAUGCAUUAUCCUAGCUGUAGAUAGUGUUUUUCUUCUACACUCCUAUUUCCCCUAUGGUGUUUAGUUAGCUCAUGUUUUCUUGUUGUAUGGGCAUAUGUCUUUCAGUGAGCAGCAGGCUUCUGCUUACAGUUCUCUACUAGAAUCCAGUUUGAUGGAAUCAUAAACUACUGUUUUGAAAGGUCUUUGUUGUGUAAAUGUAUGUGAAUACAAUCUACAUUUUACAUAUUUCCUUGAAGGCAGGUUUGCUUUUGUCUCACGGUAAUUAUGUUGAUUUGUAUUGGCAGCCUUUUAAUCUGUAAUUGAAUAUGAAUAAAAAAUGUUUACAGUU